AUGUCCAUUUUAUCUCUAGGUAGUUCGACAGCCUGCAUGUCACCUUACAUCCAUUUAUCUACUUCUCUACUACAAAACAACAUGUCCCAAGAAAUAGGUCAAUUGCUCUCCCAACUUGUGGAAACAGCUCCUCCCGGAGAGCUUGAAGAGGUCCACAAUGACUUGGUAUCCAUUGUUCCAAGCCAACUGAGUGUGGUGAGCAAAACAGUCACACGUUUGGCAGAAAAUCAGGGUAUGCUACUUUCUGGUAAAGGAAUUGCCCACCAAGAGAAUAAAGACUCCGCUUCCGGAAAGUUUUGGGACUUUAAAGAGAAGAAAAAGUACAACACUAGCUUCAAAGGCGGGAAGGUGUACGAUGUUGAAGCAGCCACUCCAACAGCCGAGUAUCCCGCAUUUUACGACGAUUUGAGCAAGAAUUUGGAGCAAUACGGAGAUAAGCAUUUUCCCUCCGAGUUCGCUUUCGAAAUAGUUCCCGUUUCGUCGACAAAGGUCUCCAUUACCCUCAUAGGACAGAAGCUCAACAAGAGCAAUUUCUACACGGGAAGAUGGCACUCCCACUACGUGUUUGAGAAAUCACAGACUACACAUGGUGAGAUUGCGUUGGAUAUACAUUAUUAUGAGGAGGGUAACGUUCGAUUGGACUUCAAAGAAACUGUAGAUGAACCGUGCGAGUUCAGCGCCGACGCAAUCGUCGAGUUCAUCAGAUCAACCGAGAACGCUGUCUCGAUCAAGGCUAUUAAUCAGUUCAACGUGUUGAACCAGAAAUACUUCAAGAACUUGAGAAGAUUGUUGCCUGUCACCAAAUCCAAGAUCAACUGGGGUAACGCUAUCGGAAACUACAAGUUGGGAUCGGAUGUUGUCAACGAAAGAUAA